CAAUUUUUUCCAAUCGAAAGGAGAGGGAAAAUAGCUACCAUCACAUGUCCCAGUAACUGCAGCUUUUAGUUUGUUAAAUCAUCUGGAAUGGUAGAACUGAGCAUUGAGAAAAAGCACAGUGAUGGCAAUGGGGGGAACCGUUAAUUGUGCCUCAUAAUAGACGUUUAUUUUUGGUCGAGGUUUUAAAUGUAAUAACUAAUAACUAAUAGCAGCAUAUAUUUAGAUAAUUACGCGCUUUUUCGGGGCUGAAUAGCUGAGAAUAAACUGGAGAUGAGGGACGGAAAGACCUAGCCUUUUAAUAACUUGGAUGGAGGGCAAACGUGCUACAGGCACUGUCACUCUGUGGAUUACGUGGUGGAGGCAGAACGGGAAAGUGCGCGUAAGGUGCAGCGGUGCAACGGUCUCCCUGCUGAGAUUUGAUCUGAGUUCCCCAUAGCAGCCACUUUAUAGCACUCGGCUCUAGAGACGUACACUCAGCUAAAUAGAGCAAGCCAGUAUUACUGCGGAGGAAAGCCUCUACUGUUGUGAGGCGCGUCGACGAGCGGCAGGAGAAUGGCAAGAUCUUCGGCGAGUCUGAGGGGAAAGCAAACGCCCGUUUUUCACCAAAGGAUUCUGUCGAAGCGCGUUGGAAUUUGACUGUCUCUUCGUGUUGGUGUUCUUGGAUCUUUAUUUUAAACUGAAAAGAAAAGGAACACACGUGGAUUGGGUUCGGAGGAGCGCAAGACCGAUGUCAGAUUACUCGGGCACAAUGAAGAGAUGUGCUGGGCAGAGUUGUGGGCUUUGAAAUCCAGCGCACCUUGUAUUGAUAUAGCCUCAUUUAGCCCAAAUCCAAUGGGGCAAAACAAAAUUGGAACAUGGGAAAAUAUGAAAUGUGAGAAAAUUCGAUACCCCUGAUCGUCGGUGCUCAGAGCAGGGCUGGCGUUCCUUUUUAAGGUGUUUGAACCUGACUUACAAUGGAAAAACUGCUGGUCUGUCUGUUGGUUAUUGGAAUGGCAGUGAAGGCCCAGAUCUGUCCGAAGCGCUGUGUCUGUCAAAUACUAUCUCCCAAUCUUGCAACCCUCUGUGCCAAAAAAGGUCUCCUCUUUGUCCCCCCGAACAUUGACAGGCACACCGUGGAGCUACGGCUGGCAGACAACUUCGUCACCAGCAUCAAGAGGAAAGACUUUGCCAACAUGACCAGGUUGCAGGACCUCACCCUGUCAAGGAAUACCAUUAGCUUCAUCACGCCACACGCGUUUUCUGACCUGGAGAACCUCCGCGCCUUGCACGUGAACAGCAACCGGCUGACCCGGAUAUCCAACGACACCUUUAGCGGCAUGUCCAAGCUGCACCACCUGAUCCUCAACAACAACCAGCUGAUGUUGAUCCACCUGGGGGCUUUCAAUGAUCUGCUGGCCCUGGAGGAGCUCGACCUGUCCUACAACAACUUGGAGUCCAUCCCCUGGGAGGCUAUCCAGAGGAUGACGAGCCUCCACACCCUCAGCCUGGACCACAACAUGAUCGACUACAUUCCUGAGGAGACCUUUUCUCUUCUGCAAAAGCUCAACCGCUUGGACGUAACCUCAAAUAAGUUACAGAAGCUUCCUCCAGAUCCUCUGUUCCAGCGGGCCCAGGUUUUGGCCACGUCUGGGAUCAUGAACCCUUCCUCGUUCGCACUGAGCUUCGGCGGGAACCCACUGCACUGCAACUGUGAGUUGCUGUGGCUGAGGCGCCUGAGUCGAGAGGAUGAUCUGGAGACAUGCGCAUCGCCGCAGCACCUCUCUGGACGCUAUUUCUGGUCUAUCCCAGAGGAGGAGUUCCUGUGUGAACCUCCUCUCAUCACCCGGUACUCCCAUGAGAUGAGGGUGCUGGAGGGCCAGAGGGUGGCCCUGAGGUGCAAGGCCAGGGGGGACCCUGAGCCUGCCAUACACUGGAUCUCUCCAGAGGGGAAGCUGGUGUCGAACUCCUCCCGGACGUUGGUCUACACGAAUGGAACCCUGGACAUUUUGAUCAGCACUGUGAAGGACACAGGAUCCUUCACCUGCAUCUCAUCCAACCCAGCUGGUGAGGCACAUCAGACUGUUGAGCUGCUGAUUAUCAAACUCCCACACAUCUCCAACAGCACCAACAACAUCCAGGAGCCUGACCCUGGCUCUUCAGACAUCUCCACGUCCACCAGGGCUGGGGCAAAUGGCAGCAACCACACUGGAGACACUAAAACUAGUCCGGAUAAGAGAGUGGUCAUCGCUGAGGCCACAUCCUCCACAGCACUCAUCAAGUUCAACUUCCAGAGGAAUAUACCUGGGAUCCGCAUGUUCCAGAUUCAGUACAAUGGCAGUUAUGAUGACUCUCUUGUGUACAGAAUGAUUCCCCCCACAAGCAAAAACUUCCUAGUCAAUAACCUGGCUGCUGGAACGUCGUAUGACCUGUGUGUUCUGGCCAUAUACGACGACGGUAUCACUUCCCUCACCGCCACCCGCGUGGUGGGCUGCGUCCAGUUCACCACCGAGUCUGAGUACCUGCGCUGUCACUUCAUGCAGUCCCAGUUCCUGGGAGGCACCAUGAUCAUCAUCAUCGGCGGCAUCAUCGUGGCCUCCGUCCUCGUCUUCAUCAUCAUCCUCAUGAUCCGCUAUAAGGUCUGCAACACCAGUGACUCGGGCAAAGGCACAUUGGUCACCAACGUCCACUCCCAGACCAAUGGGGCGCAGUCUCAAGGGUGCACCGUCAAUCCCUCUGUGUCCAAACAGGCCGUGGGAGGGUCAGGGUCAGAGGGAGGGGGAGGAGGGUCUAUAAAGGCCACUGGGCACGCGCCAGACACUCUGACGGACUCAUCUGAGACCUCUCUCCCAGACUGCUCCACUGCUACUUCUCUGGUGAGCCAGAGCUGGAACACGCCUGGCUCCUCAGGGUCUCUGAAGCCAAAGCGCAAGCCUGCGCCAAAGCCCUCCGCUACUGCUUCUGUCACCCCUGAGCCCAAGGUAGAGGCCCUCCCCAACGCUGAGACCCAGAACACCAACCGCAACAACUCCACGGCUCUGCAGCAUCCUCCCGCCCCGGUAUUUCACUCCCCCCUACCCUACUCACGCAUCAAGGACACGCCCAUAUUAAGACGCGCACACCCCAGACCAUCCUCCAAGUACCUGACCUUACCGGUGGAAGGGGUGAGGGCCAAACGUAGGUACUCUCUAAACGAGGACUCGUCCAAGCACCACUGCUACAUUGGGGUAACAAAACUUGGGAAUAUGUGGUCUAAGCGGAGUAAGUCCAUGAAUGGGAUGCUACUUCAACAGGAAAAUAUAGACAGUGGCAAGGCCACCAUUUCCAGUUCAGAGUGGAUUCUAGAAAGUACUGUGUGACUUUUCUGUUUGUAUGUAUGUGUGUGAUUGAAUGUGUGUGUGGGGACAUCUGUUUUUGAUUCUUUAGAUUUUUUUUGCGUUUCAGUUUACUUUUCUUUUUUUAAAACCAAUAGUAAAACGGAUGCUUGCCUUGUAGUAAUCAGAAUUUCAUCAAUGUUCUCCUCUGAUGUGGAGAAUCUCCAGCAGCUCGGAGCCCAGUGCUCGGCAGUCCAUGCAGUGUUUUCAUACCCAUACAAAAAAUUGAGAAAAAUAAAUCCAACACACCCACCCAGUUAUACAGUACAUACACCCAGUGUUGUCGUUGUGGCAAGAGAAAAGCAUUGGUGCCUUCCUCUGCAUUACAGUUUUCCUCUUGCAAGGAGCACCAAUAGGAUUUCAGUUGUCCCUGACAGGGGAUUUGGGGAUCGAGAGGAACAUGAGAGAUUUCACAAAAAGCCUUUCUAUUACAGGGAAAUAAUGACCUGCAUAUAGAGACAACACAAAAAACAACUAUCAAAGCCUUGUUACUGGACCUCUUAAUAAAUUGAUAUUUUUUAAAGAACAAUUCAAGCUUUCUUUUCAGUGACAUUGAUAUUGCCUUUGUUUUAAGGCACAAAAAAGCCCUGUACAGAGAAACAACAUCUGCUGUGUUGUUAUGUUGUGUAAAAUAAAAUAAAA